CCGACCUGACCCGUCUGCUUAGCAACGGCGCAUCCCUCCUACAAACUCAAGACCUAGGUGCUGAGGGUGGUUUGUGUAUCCUCAGCUUCUGUUGCUAGCUUUUUAUCUUCCCGCGGCCGCAGGAGAGAGCUGAUGGGAAAGGCUUCCAGAGAUAAGAGGGAUAUAUAUUACAGGAAAGCAAAAGAAGAAGGAUGGCGCGCUCGGAGUGCCUUCAAACUCCUUCAAAUCGACGAAGAGUUCAACAUCUUCCAUGGAGUGAAGCGUGUAGUUGAUCUUUGUGCAGCUCCCGGCAGCUGGAGCCAGGUACCUUUAAGCAAGGAGCAACUAGCUAUAUUGUCCCUUUGGAUAUUAUUUGAUUCACUAUAUUUCAUACAUGUCAUCAUGAUUAAACUACCUGCAUCUUGAUCCCAACUUUUUUUAUGAGUCCAGUUAUUUGUUCUAUUUGGUUAGCUUUUGAGAUUAGAAGAAUGUGAAGUAGAUUCUUGUAUAAUUCUGCUUAUCUAACUCCAUGUUCCUGUUGAUUACAACUUGCAAUUACUUUCUGUAACAAGAUACCAUACUUGCCAGUGCCUGUAAAUAGAAUCUUGUCAGUUUGGAAUAUUGGAAGUAUAUAUGCUUCCUUUCAUUUUAUUUGAACCCCUGCAGUUCAGCUAAACUGUUCAUAGCAGGUAUCGGACCACUGAACGAUUUCUACCAAAGAGUUAUCGGGUCUUGAUGCAGCAUGAAGUGAAUAAUGUCCUGACUCCUGACGUGCCCCUUCCGCACGGGGGGUUACAGUGGAUGGGGAUGCCCCAAGAUCUCUCAGACAGCAACAACCAAAUCUUUGGCCAGUGGCAUACAGACAGUUUAGGAAAAUACAGGAACUAUUUGGAAAGGUCAUGGAUCGUACACUAGGAUCUUCUGAUCUAGAAUCUUCAUUCAAUGUGGGUCCCUUCAGAUUGAUGGUAUGGAUGUCGAACCAUCAGUCCCACGACAGAAUGGGCACAUCAGGAGUAAAUUUUGAAACUGAUA